CUGGUGGCCGAUUUUAUGCCCCAUGAAACUCUCGCUAAGCAUCUUUUUCACUGGAUUUCUCAACCAGUGAAAUGGGCCAUGAGAUUGAAGGUGGCUUGGCAUCUGACACAACCUCUGGAGUACUGUAGCAGCAAAGGGCGUGCAUUGUAUCACGAUCUCAAUGCCUACAGGGUUUUCUUUGAUCAGGAUGGUAAUCCCAGACUAUCCUGCUUUGGCCUCAUGAAGAAUAGCAGGGAUGGCAAGAGUUACGGUACAAACUUAGCAUUCACUCCUCCGGAGUACCUGAGAACUGGUAGAGUGACACCAGAAAGUGUGGUUUACAUCUUUGGAAUGUUGUUGCUGGAUCUUCUGAGUGGAAAACAUAUACCCCUAGCACUUGAUCUAAUUCGUGGCAAGAAUUUUCUGAUGCUUAUGGAUUCUGCUCUACAGGGUAAUUUUUCAAAUGAUGAUGGAACUGAACUUGUGCGUUUAGCUUCCCACUGUUUGCAGUAUGAAGCACGUGAGAGACCAAAUGCAAAGUCUUUUGUCACUUCUUUCAUGUCUCUUCAGAAAGAAAUAGAGGUGUGUACUCUGCUUGAUCCU